GCCCAAGCCAACUCAAUCAGCCAUUGCCAUUUGCGUCUCACUCACUCACUAGCAGAAAAACACCGCGAUCUCCAUUUGUUCUCGAGAGAAAGCUGGCGAGGAAGACGACUAUCUGAGAGCAGAUAGCAGCAACAGGAUGGGGUUUGGGCUUAGGUUCAAUCUUCUUGUGUUAGCAAUUGCGAUACUAUCGACGCCUGUACUUUCCGAUCUCAUAAUCUCAAAGGUUGAUCGACGUAUUGAUUUGACUUCGCAAAUUGCACGAAUCACUUCAACCCUUAAGGUGGAGAUUGUUGGUUCUAGUUUGGUUUCAGAAGUUUUGCUGGCCUUUCCAGAAGUUCAGGCAAAGGAUUUGGCGUAUUUGAUGGCAACAACAAAUGAAAGAAAAGGCAAAACAAAAAAUUCCGAUGUUAGUCUCCCUGUUGAAGCUGUCAAUCCAAAAGGAAUGCCUCCUGCUUUGAGUGUUUAUUCUGUAUCAUUACCCAAGGCACUAGGCGAAGGAGACACAUUUACUUUGGAUGUUUUGGCCGUAUUUACCCAUGUUUUAAAACCCUUUCCUGAGAAAAUUACUCAGGCUGAUAUUCAGUUGGUGUUGUUCCAGGAUAGUGCAUACUAUCUCUCUCCUUAUCCAGUAAAGGUUCAGUCUGUCAGCGUUAAACUGCCUGGUGCUAGAAUAGAGUCAUAUACAAAAAUUGAGAAUACUAAGAGUCAUGGCUCAGAGAUCAUAUAUGGUCCAUAUGAAAAUUUCCCUCCUUUCUCAUACUCACCCAUAGUUAUACAUUUUGAAACCAAUCAGCCAUUUGCUGUUGCUCAGGAGUUAGUACGAGAGAUAGAAGUUUCACACUGGGGCAGCGUACAGGUUACAGAAUAUUACAAUAUUGUCCAUGAAGGUGCUAAAAGCAAGGGUGAAUUUUCCAGGCUUGAAUAUCAGGCCAGACCUAACAUUCGAGGUGUAUCAGCUUUUGGACAUCUUGUUGCAAAAUUGCCACCAAGAGCUCAUUCCAUUUAUUAUAGGGAUGAAAUUGGGAAUAUAUCAACGUCUCAUCUGAGGGCUGAUUCUAAAAAGACAGAACUUUUGAUUGAACCUAGAUAUCCAAUGUUUGGAGGUUGGAGAACAGCGUUUACAAUUGGAUACAGUUUGCCACUUCAGGACUUCUUGUUUGAGGCAGAGGGGAAACGUUUUCUAAACAUCUGUCUUGCUUCCCCUAUGAAUGAAUUGGUCAUUGAUAAUCUCAUCGUGAAGGUUGUUUUGCCUGAGGGGUCCAAAGAUUUAUCUAUUUCAACUCCAUUUCCGGUAAAUCAGAGGCAGGAGACCAAAAUUUCCCACUUGGAUAUUGUUGGUCGUCCAGUAGUUGUGCUGGAAAAGGCCAAUGUUGUGCCAGAGCAUAAUCUGCAUUUCCAGGUCUAUUACAGCUUCAAUCGGCUCUCGAUGCUUAGAGAGCCAUUUAUGUUGAUUUCUGGAUUUUUCUUCUUUUUUGUUGCUUGUAUUGUAUAUGUGCAUGUUGACUUGUCAAUCUCCAAGUCAUCUGCCUCUUAUUUGGCAAAACUGCAGUGGGAUGAGGUGCGAGCAACAAUUCAGCAGGUUGAGAGUAUACUUAAGCAAUGGUUAGCAACACAUGAGAAGCUUGAAGCAUCACUACUUGAUCUUUCUAGGACAGGAGAUGUCCAAGCUUGUAAAACUGCUCGCAAGACCGCUGAUGGUUUGUUGAAAGGGCAUUUAAAAGAGUUAAAACCUUUGCUAGUAUUCUUGCAAUCAUCUCCUGCAGCUGCUCAUAUAUUGCCCAAGGUGGAGGAGCUGGUGGCUAAGGAGAGAGAAUUACAAGAGAGGUUGAUGGCGAAGCACUCAACAAUAGUGGAUUGCUAUGAGAAGAAGCUUGGGGGACGGGAAAUUGAGAAUAAAGUUGCUCCACAGCAGCAAAAAGUUGUAGCCUUGAGACAGGAGGUUGAAGAUCUUCUAGAUUACCUUGAUGAAAUAUAGGUUGAAUGGGUAGAGGGAUCUCCUCUGAGAACUUCGGAAUUAGAUUGAGGUAGUAUUUAUAUUUGACGAGUUAACUCCAAUUUCGAUGGUUAUAUUUUGUUGGACUAAAAUUUUUCAUGAUUAUGAUAAAUUGUAAUUUUGAACCUCA